AUGUCUGCGCUAGCCACAUCUGACCCGGCACAACAAAGUGGAACUCUUUCCAAGUCGCAGAAGAAGAAGAACAAGAAGAAAUCAAACUCCAAUGCGAGCAAGCCAGACGAGACGGCAAAAGCAAAUGGCGACAACGGCAAAGCGGCUCCAGACGAUCAUGACGACGAUUCCGAGGGUGAAGGGAAGCAACAGCAACAGCAGACUCCCGCCGCGCACACUGCAGACCCGGAUGCCGAUGAUGUAGACGACGAACCACCAGUGUCUCCCACAAUACAAACAAACGGGCUCUCUCCAUCCCCACCGCCCGCCUCCGACACGAGCGCCCGCCUCGAUGCGAUAGCAAAGGAGCGCGAUGCGCUACGCCAAGAAGUCACCGAGCUCAGGAAGAGUCUGGAGGGCAUUCAGAGCAAGCAGAGUGCUGGCGCAGCUGACGGGUCCCAAUGCAACCAUGAGGAGGAAAUCCGAAGUCUAAGAGAGGAAUUGGAUGAGGCAAAUGAGGGCAAGGAACACUUUGAGACUCAAUAUAAGAACCUGUUGGGCAGGGUAAACACAAUCAAGACGAGUUUAGGUGACCGACUGAAGGCUGAUGCGGCUCGUAUUGAGGAAUUCGAGACGCAAGUCGCGGACCUCGAAGACCAAAACCGGGAAUUACAAGAGCACAACAACAGUCUCACAGAAGAGCUUGCAAAACUACGACAGGAAAAGGAGGCUCAAGCGUCAGAGAUUGAGACCUUGCGAAGCCGUGCCACUCUGUCACAACAGAACUGGAUCAAAGAACGUGAUGAACUCAUUUCCCGAGAGGCAUAUGCAAAGGAGGAGUUUGAGAAUGCAAAGCAGGCUAUGCAAGAUUGGGAAGUUCUGGCCAUGAACGAGCGGUCAUUACGUGAGAACCUUGCUGAGAAAGAUGCAGAGCUAAGAGAGCAACUCGAGUCGAUCAAGGAUGAGUAUGAGAAAGCUGCCAGGGACAGGGACACCAACAGUCAGGCUGUAGAAGGCCUACAAAAAGCACUACAGGAGGUCCAGAACCUACGGAAAGCCGAGCUCAAAAAGUCUGUUGAGACAUAUGAAUCACAAAUCAACGAACUUCGUAAACAGGUGCAAGCUGCAGACGCUGCUGCAGAUGCUGCCAAAGCAGCACUUGAGUCGACAAAGAAAGAUCUUGAGCGAGCACUGCCAUUUGAAAAGGAGGUCAAAGAGAAGAACCUACUUAUUGGCAAGUUGCGGCAUGAAGCGGUCACGCUGAAUGAGCACCUCACCAAAGCCUUGCGCAUCUUGAAGAAGGGCCGACCAGAGGAUAAUGUCGAUCGUCAGAUCAUCACCAAUUACUUCCUGCAUUUCCUGAGCAUUGACCGCAGCGAUCCUAAGAAGUUUGAGGCGUUGCAGUUGAUUUCUGCGUUGCUGGGGUGGACUGAUGAGCAAAAGGAACAAGCAGGCCUCGCCCGCCCAGGCACGGCAACCAACUCUGGGGGUCUCCGCAUCCCCUUAGCACCUUUCCGGCGGACACCAUCGACGCCGUCACUAAGUUCGGCAGUAGAUCCUAUGCUCAUGGCUAGCAGCUCAAGCAACAAGGAAUCGCUAGCCGAGUUAUGGCAAGACUUCCUUGAGCGGGAAGCCGCUGAGGGCAAGGACGACGCUUCGAGAAGAGGAAGCACUGUGAGUCAGAUGACCAGGACAGAGAGCGGACUCGGCAUCAGCGAAAGGAAGUGA